CGAAAACAAUCAAAAAUGUCGUCUAAUUACCGAAAUACUACAACUGUCAUAAUGAGUGUGACCUUAGUUUUACUAAUUAUUGUAACCAUUUUUACAAAUAGUGUUUUAAGUUAUAACUUAUCACCGAAACCGAAUAAGGUCAUUCGCGAAGCACAACAAUUUACAAAUAUACCAAAAGUUGAGUCAUCUUACUUUGGAUUUAACAUAAACUUAAGACCGUCUGGUGUAAUUAUUGCUGCUCCACGUGCUCAAUCCACACUCGAAUCACAACGAAAAAUCAACGAAACUGGUGCUAUUUACAAAUGUACCAUUGCAACUGGUACUUGUACACCUUUUAUAUUUGACGAUAAAGGCAAUAUAAAUGCUGAACAAAAUGAAUUCACCUAUGAUUCGACGAAAAAAGACCACCAAUGGCUGGGUGCUUCAAUGGAUGGUGGUACAAGAGAUACAGACAAAUUAGUUGUUUGUGCUCCAAGACUUAUUGCAAAUUUGGCUAGUGAUUAUCUAAUGAAUGGUAUUUGUUAUUGGACUCCGGAUACUCUAAGUGAUAAUCCAUUAAGGGUUAAACAAAUUGCUCCACUUCGAUUAAAAGAUAAUCAAGUGAAAGAAAAAUAUGGAACUCGAUAUUUCUACCAUAUUUUUGGUGAACAAGGUUUGAGUGUCCAUGUUACAAGUAAUAAUGAAGAAAUCAUUAUUGGAGCUCCAGGUAUUAAUACUUGGAAAGGUUCAGUUGUUCGAUAUCAUCCCAAAACCGAAGAUGACAGUAUUGGAAUGAGUCGAAGAGACUUGGACUCACAUCGUGUAGUCCGUCAGGCUCAAGAAAUCAAAUAUACCACAGAAGUUCCAAAUCCAGAGACAUGGCAUCAAGACAAUGAUUCAUACUUUGGCUACUCAGUUGGAUCGGGUUAUUUUGACAGUGCAAUGCCAAAUAAGGUUUUAUAUGUUGCCUCAGCUCCUCAAGCCAAUCAUCAAUCAGGAGAGGUCUAUAUUUUCGAUAUAAUCAAGACUCCCAAUGGAGAAUAUCAUACAAUUAAGAAGUUUUUCACAUUUCGGGGCACACAAUUCGGAGAGUAUUUCGGCUAUGCUGUGCUAGCUGAAGACUUCAAUGGUGACGGUUUGACAGAUCUUAUUGUCACUGCCCCACAAUACAGCUCUGAUGGGUAUGUUGAACAGGGAGCUAUGUAUGUCUUCAUUAACAAAGGAAGGUUUGUUUUCGAGCUUCAAAAGCUUAUCAAAUCUCCAGUCGAAGGUAGAGGUCGCUUUGGAUCAACUAUUUCAAAAUUGGGUGAUCUCAAUCAUGACGGAUUCAAUGACAUCGCUGUUGGAGCUCCAUUCGCUGGAAAUGGAACAGUCUUCAUCUAUCUCGGCAGUUCCAAGGGUCUUCGUGAAGUUGCCAGUCAACAAUUGAGUGCAAUUUCAACAGCUCCAUCUCCUUGGGGUCCACAAAUGUUCGGACAUGGUCUAUCAAAAGGUUCCGAUAUCGAUAACAAUGGCUUCAAUGAUUUUGCCAUUGGUGCUCCCAAUGCUGAAUCAGUUUUUGUCUAUCGUGCUUAUCCGGUUGUGAAAAUUCAUGCAACUAUCAAUUCUCUUAGUCGUGAAAUCAAACCUGAUCAAUCGAAAUUCCAAAUUAAAAUUUGUUAUCGAAUUUCAACGACAUCACAAAAAAUUCAAUCUCAAGAAAUUGCCAUUCGAGUGAAUGUGGAUCCUCAAGUUAAGCGUGUUACAUUGUUGCAAUCUAAUUCGGCUGAGUUGAGCUUUAAUGCGGCAGCAGUGACAGAUAAUCAAUGCCGUUUAUUGGAUGCAAAUGUUCGAUUUAAUACUGCUGAUAUAUUUAAGCCGAUUGAAUUGGAAAUGCAUUAUGAUCUUAUUAAGGGUGUCCCGAAUUCAGAAGAGUUUUGUGAUACUUGUGCUGCUGUUGAUCCAGCUGAACCAAAAGUCAACGUUGAAAAAAUCAUAUUUAGUACCGGUUGCAAGACUGACAUUUGUACAGCUGAUUUAAAAAUUACCAGCUCAGGAUUAAGUUCAACAUACAUUCUUGGAAGUAGUAAAACAAUUUCCGUCACCUACGAAGUUACAAAUUCCGGUGAAACCGCAUAUCUACCUCAAAUCAACAUCACAUCAUCAAAUAAAAUGCCAUUUAAUAAAAUACCAGCAUCCUGUGAUCUACAUGACGAUGUCCUUUUAUGUGAUCUCAAUCGAGGACAACCAAUGUUAAAUGGCAAACAGAGUAUAACUAUAAUCUACGAUGCUACCCAAAUUGAAGGGACAUCAAUGACAUUGACAGCUGCUGUCUUCAGUACGGGAAAAGAACAAAAUCCAUCGGAUAAUGUUGUCAGAGAUUAUAUAACUUUGAGAGAAUUCACAGAAAUUGAAGCUACUGGAAAACCAUACACAACACAUAUCAAUUUGGAAAAAGUAUUUAAUUCAGCUGAAAUUAUAAAUAACUACGAUAUUAAAAGCAGCGGUCCAAGUAAAAUUCAAGAACUUGAAAUAGCUUUCGAAAUACCAAUUGCUCAUAAAUUUUAUGGAUCAAGUCAACCAGUUCCAGUUGUAGAUGUUAAUAACAUCACUAUACAAGGUGUUUAUAAUAGUCAGCUACUUUAUGUUGAUCUUUAUCAAGAUAAAACACUAUUAUUGGUGAAUCCAACGGAAAUAUCGAUGUCGUCAACUCGUACAAUUGUCACACAAAAUGGAAAUCAAAUAACCUAUCAACCACCGAAGAUUAAUUCUCUUGAACUUGGAGAUGACAUUUCUAAAAAACAACUUUUACUUUCAGAGCUCUACUCAGCAGGAGUCCGCAGAAGACGUCGCAAUACUGAACAAAUGGCUCCCAACAAUGAACACAUCAGAGCUGCACAAAAGAAAUCACAUGAACUCCUUAGCGAAGAACUUAUGGGAUCAUUACCAAUUAACCGAACAAUAGUUUUCAGUUGUAUUGAUCCAGAGACGACAACUUGUGCUAGAGCUGUCAUGAGAGUUAAUAAUUUCAUUCCUGAUACACCUGUUACUAUAACCAUGAAAUAUCAUGUCGAUUUGAAUGAAGUUAAUAAAAUUUUAAUCGAACCAUGGGAGUUCUUUGUGAUAAUCACAAAAUUGGAUAUAGUUAAAGUUGGUGAUUUAGAUGGUAAAUCCACACAUAUCACAAGAAAAAUUGAAUACAAUGUGAUAUCGAAGCAUCAAUUGUAUGGUACUCCAUGGUGGGUGAUAGUCCUGGCAAUAAUAGGUGGACUUUUAGUUCUUGCAGCAAUGGCUUAUGGCAUGCACAAGGCUGGUUUCUUCAGAAGAAAAACGAAAGAAGAAAUGGAUAAACUUGUCCAGGAACGACAAGAAGCCGAAGAAACAGAAGAUGAGGGUUAAUAUAGAAACACUAGCGCAAUUAUUGGUCUCUAAUUUUGCACAUUUUCCUGCAUCUCUCUAUGCCCUGGUUUUUUUUUUAACUGAAAACUGGCUAAAAAGAAAUGCAAAAAUCACUUAAAAAUACCAAAUGUUUAUAAAUAAUAAAAACAGUUUAGAUAAGAGUUUUAUUUUUAUUUUUUUAUAAAUUUAAGUUUUUAAGUUAAAGCUGCCAUGUAAAUUAUUAUACCUCCUUCAAAAUGUCCAUCCAUCAAGAGAAACAAACAAAAAAAGAGGACAAAAAUUAUUAUAAUACUAAUUUAAUUAUAA